AUGCCUGCAGGACUACUGAUGUUCCUGACUGAGGAGGAAAUUGACAUUGAGGGAGUUGGUGGUGUUGCUUGCAGUAGCUUGGGUCACAUUAAAGGGGACCUUUUGAUUGACAUCAGUAAUGGAGCCUUCAUUCAUCAUCUCUAUUCAGCCAGUGAGUUUUUCAAACAGAUCCUUGUGCUGAAGUGCGCUGAGAAAUGCAUCAUGGAACUGAACCGAUGGAUUAACAAGCGUACAGGAGCGUUUGAUUGGUCGCACAUUUCUGCAUAUUGUAAAGUCACAGAAGGAAACAGUGACCAGUGUGAGGGCAAUGAUACAAUGUUGAAGAAAGCAAUUGCAGAGAUCCUGAAAUGUGACUUUAAUAAAAAAAAUCUCGCAGAACCAAAGGUGCUACCACCAGCAGACUGUGUGAUCACUGCGUGGCUGCUGGCACUCCUCAGCAAAGACAAAUAUGAUUAUAAAAUGUAUUUCAGGAAAUUUGUGCAGCUACUAAAACCUGAAGGAAACCUGAUAUUGGUUGGGUCUUUUAAUGCAACUUAUAUAAUGAUUGGUCAGGACAAGUUACAUUCAUUCAAAUAUGAUGAGAGCUUUAUAAGAAAGGUUCUCAGUAAUGAAGGGUUUAUUAUUGAUCACUGGGCAAUACAGAAAAAAACAUCAUUGAGUAACCUUUGUGACUAUGAGGCAAUCUAUGUUCUCACAGCUCACAGAAAGAAAUGA